AUGUCAUUACAAAGGAAAAUUAAGACGACUCGGGCACGAGACAGGACUUCACAAUUUUGUUAUCAGAAUAAUCUCUUGACCUCUAAAGUAAAAGAAGAACAAAAUGACUCAAAGGACAUUUCAGAACAUGAACAAAGCGGAUCAGAUGAUUCUGAACAAACUGAGGAGCAAAUAGAAGAGGACUUUCAAAUAGCAGUGAAAUACUUUGAGAAAGACCCCAUGGAGAAUAAAUGGAACAGAGACAGAAUUUUGGGAAAACACUUGAAAUCUCUGGAAAAUAUGGCUCAGAAGAAUGGUUUGCCUCCAGAAGAAAUGGGCAUUCUAUUAAAUGUGGUACUCAGUGGCAAAUUUGGGACUUCCACAAAUACUCGGAUAUUUAAGUGCUUGAUUCCUGCAACCCUAAUAUCAGAAGAUUCUGUGGUUAAGGCUGUCUCCUGGCUUUGUGUUGGGAAAUGUUCUGGUAGCACCAAGGUACUUUUUUAUCGUUGGUUGGUUACAAUGUUUGACUUCAUUGAUCACAAGGAGCAAAUUAACUUGCUCUAUGGCUUCUUUUUUGCUUCAUUGCAGGAUGAUAAACUAUGCCCUUAUGUCUGCCAUUUGUUAUAUUUACUUACCAAAAAGGAGAAUGUUAAACCAUUUCGUGUGCGAAAAGUGCUUGAUCUGCAGGCCAAAAUGGGUAUGAAGCCUCAUCUCCAGGCUUUGUUGUCACUGUAUAAGUACUUUUCUCCUGCUUUGGUUUCUGUGUCUGUGCCUAUAAGGAAGAAGAUAUAUUUUAAGAAUUCAGAAAAUCUUUGGAAGACAGCUCUACUUGAUGUGAGGCAAAGGAAUCAGAGACCUUCCCCAGAACCUCUAAAUUUGUUAUUGGGUUCAUCUAAUGUCCUUCCAAAACAAAGAAAAAGGAAAUCUCACUCAUUUAUACCACAGCAAAAUUGCAGUAGCUGCAGUGAUGAAUAUGGGAAAAAAAGCAUGAGUCUUUCUAAACAUCUUGGUAGCAAAGAACCAGUUAGAAUAGAACAACUAAGAAGCUUCCCACAACUCUUACAGAACAUCCAUUGCUUAGAGCUGCCAUCUCAUAUGGGUGCAGCGCUGAAGAACUCUCUGCUUCUUCACUAUAUUAAUUGUGCCAGAGAUGAGUCAAUCUUACUGAGGUUCUAUUAUUGGUUGAGUCAAACACUGCAAGAAGCAUGUCUUUCGUACAAGGUGAAUAAUUAUGGAAAUGAAAAAGAGUUUACCGACUUCCUGGACACUAUCCUCAAGGCAGAAUGCUUCCUUCAAGAAGGGUUUUGUUCUUGUGAAACUUUCCUGUAUAAGAACCUGCCUCUCUGGGAUGGUCUCUAUUGUCAAUCACAGUUCCUUCAACUUAUAAGCUGGACUCCUUUCAGUAACUUCUCUGAGCUGAAACCACUUAUUUUUGACCAUCUAGCACAGAUCUUCUUUACAUCAUCCAUUUGUGUCAAGUGUAGUAUUCUUCAAAGUCUGAAAGAGCUACUACAGAAUUGGCUGUUAUGGCUUUCUAUGGACAUCCACACGAAACUUACGAGCAGUCCUCUGUGA